AUGCCUCCAAAGAAAGCAGUGACCGAAGCCGCUACCGCUAAAGGCGAAGGUCUCAAGCCCGAGGAGACUCAAUUCGUGUUCGAAUGCCUCAAAGCCUUUGGUGAUGAUGGCGUGAUGGAUUUCAGCGUCCUGUCCAGAGCAGCAGGACAUACCAACCUCAUGUCGACCAAAAACGCUUUCAAUCGCUACAAGAAAAGAUACGGCUUUGGCAACAUACCCACCAAGAUAGGCGCUGGUCACGUUGCUGCGAAGCCUGAUGUCGACGAUGGCGACGAGAGCGUCUUGCCUUCCAUUGAAACAGAUGCCUUGAAGCCCAAGAGCAACGGAAGCAAAGUCACCAAAAAACGCGGUCGUCCAGCUGCCAAAGCUACUACUGCUGGUAGCACUGCUGGUUUGUCUUCGAAGAAGAAAACCGCAGCAGUAUCCAAGGGAUCCUCGUCCAUCAAUGAUGCCAGUGAUGAGGAUAAUAUCACUGAAGAAGACAACGCUCCCGCUUCUGCUGACGUUAAAGAAGUGGAGGGAGGAGACGAUACCGAUUGA